ACGUCAGCAAACUACAUCGUUUUGCUAAAACCGGUUGUGCUUCAUUUAUUAUAAACAUGAGUUUACCUGGUGGCAAUCAUGCAUUAUGUGUAACAUCCAGUCUGUUUCGAUAUUUGGUAAACGUGCACAAGGACAGAGCUGCAGUUGGUAAACUAGUGUUGGCAAAAGUCGACAAAUGUGUAUUUGGAAAUUUAUGUACUUAAUUUUUGUAUUAUCAAGCUAUUAGCCAUAUUGCAGAUUUGUUUUGAGGACCCUCUGAAAAUGCUUCACGGACCCCAAAAGGUCCGCCCGACCCCAGUUUGGAAACUACUGGCGUAGAUGUUCUGACAUUAUUGACGUAAAUAAAUAUUAUUUUAUGACUAGAUUUUAUCUUGAUCUUCCAUUUUGCAUAUUCAAAUUUAGUUCAAAAUAUUCUACUACGUUAUUAGAUUGCGAUAGUUGACGAACCGAUUGACAGUCCGGUAUGUCAAAAGAAAAGCAAUUAUUUUGUGAAAUAUGUGGAAAAAACUUUAAAACAGCAAGUAAUUUGAAGAUGCAUAUGAGAAUUCAUACUGAAGAAAAACCUCACUGUUGUAGGAUAUGUGGAAAAUGCUUUGCGCAAUCAAGCAACCUAACUGUUCAUGAGCGAAUUCACACCUGUGAGAUAUGUGGAAAAGGUUUUUCACAAGCCGGUAAUUUAAAACGUCAUAUACAAAUUCAUACAGGGAAAAAACCAUAUCCCUGUACUUUUUCGCAAUCUAAUGAUUUGAAACGUCAUAUACAAAUUCAUACCGAAGAAAAAACAUAUUCCUGUGAAAUAUGUGCUAGAUGCUUCACAAGUUCCAGUAAUCUGAAUAGGCAUAGGAGAAUUCAUACAGGAGAGAAGCCAUAUUCUUGUGAAACUUGUGGCAAAUGUUUUUCGCAAUCUAGUCAUUUGAACACACAUAUGAAAACUCAUUCAGAUGAUAAGCCAUACUCUUGUGAGAUAUGUGGCAAAUGAUUUGUAUCUUCUUGGAACAUGAAUAAACAUAGGAAAAUUCACACUAAAAAACAUCCUACUCUGCUGUGAAACAAGUGGAGAGUGUUCCAUAAAAAUCCAUAUACGAUAUAAACAGUGGCAAAAAAAUUUGUAGAACUUCUGAUGAGUGAUAUGCAGUGGUGGGUGAGAUGAAAAAAUAUGUAAACACUUACAGUCAACCACAUGCAAGAUUCACGUUUGAAGAGAACCAGGCUCCUCUUUGCAUGAUGCAAGUUGAAAUAUGUGUCUGAAUAAUGAUGUUUUUCAAUUACUUUUUUUCUUUUCAGAAGAUAUUAAAUUUUGGCAAUUGUGUCUUUAUGUAUCUGACCGUAUUAGUAGAGUAUGUUUUGUAAUUACUGAAUCCGAAAUUACUGUAACGCUUUUUCUUUCCUAUAUCGUGA